GCCGCCCUGCUGACCAUCGAGCAGAUGAUGCCCUCAGCCGUGGCUAUGGUGAACAGAGCGCUAGAGCAGUUCUUCAGCAAUCUAACAGACCCUUUCAUGAGGGUGAAGGUCAAGGACCUGCUGUUCGACGGCGUGUUCCUCAAUUGUGAUGGAGAUAGUCCCGCCCUGAGUCUAGUAUGCGCUAAGUUGAAGGCCGACAGUCCACCUACAAUGCGACCAGCUGAAGAUGGAGUCAACGGAUACUACUUCUCAAUGUUUUCACAUCUAAACAGAACAGAAACUGGACCUUACGAGAUGGUUCGUGGUACUGAAGACGUGUUCGCGUUAGGUAACAUAGUGUCGUACAAAGAGAAGAAGUCCGUUUCGGCGUGGGGCGACGAAUAUUGCAACCGCAUCAAUGGGUCUGACGCCUCGAUAUUCCCCCCAAUUGACGAGAACAAUGUACCUGAACGGCUUUACACUUUCGAGCCCGAGAUUUGCAGGUCCUUAUAUGCCAGCCUGGCGGGCAAAGCGACCCUCUUCAAUAUCAGCACUUAUUAUUACGAAAUUUCCUCGUCGGCGCUCGCUUCCAAGAGCGCCAAUCCUGACAAUAAAUGCUAUUGCAAGAAAGACUGGAGCGCUAGCCACGACGGUUGCCUUCUGAUGGGCGUGUUCAACCUCAUGCCGUGCCAGGGCGCGCCGGCCAUCGCCUCGCUGCCUCACUUCUACCUGGCUUCCGAAGAGCUGCUGGAAUACUUCGAGGAUGGCGUCAAACCUGACAAGGAAAAGCAUAAUACUUACGUUUAUAUUGACCCGGUGACUGGUGUUGUGCUGAAAGGAGUCAAGAGGCUACAGUUCAACAUCGAACUGCGGAAUAUUCCUCGAGUGCCUCAACUACAGGCCGUGCCUACUGGACUAUUCCCUAUGCUUUGGAUUGAAGAGGGGGCAGUAAUGACACCAGAUCUCCAGCAAGAGCUCAGAGAUGCCCACGCGCUGCUUUCGUACGCCCAACUAGCGCGGUGGAUAAUUCUCGCCGCAGCGAUUAUAUUAGCGAUUGUCGCUACAAUUACCGUCGCGCGAUCAACCUCGCUUAUUUCGUGGCCACGCAAUAGCAACUCUGUCAACUUCAUAAUAGGCCCUAUGGUUAAUGAUAAAAUGCGUUAAUUUUUGUUUGUAAAGGUGUGCUCGCUGUAUGGUUUCGGAAAAGGCGGUUUAUUUCACGCAAUAGUUUAAGUCUAAGUUAUGUGUACAGUUUGUUGUUAAAAUAAAUUAAUGUGAUGACA